AGCGCCACUGGCUUCCGCCAUUCCCUCCGCAACCCCUACUUUCCGUCGGGAACGUAUCGUCUUGUUAUGAUUGUAGUUCUCGUUCUUGGUUCGAAUUGGAAGACGUGUUCGUACCGUUGAAAUCCGUACCUGCUGUCAGUUUCCUAACCUCUUCGCUAACGAAUGUUCCGGUGUUUCAAAUUGUAUUAAGUUAGUAGUGACUUAUAACUCGUAACAUGAUGUCACGGUCAGUGCGUGCAGAGACUCGUAGUCGUGCCAAGGAUGAUAUUAAGCGUGUAAUGCAAGUCGUUGACAAAGUUCGCCAUUGGGAAAAGAAAUGGGUUACUAUAGGAGAGACUACUAUGAAGAUUUAUAAAUGGGUGCCUAUAUCAACUCUUGAUCAGAAAAAGAAAGGAAAAACAGUUGCAGACAAAGAGAACGGUUUGCCAAGAAAGAGUGGAUUAGAUUCUUCAAAUUCUAAUUUUGGUCUUACAGAAGAUUCUAACACAUGUUUUUCAACGGUUAGCGAUUCUCAAGGAUUAACUGACUUUUCUGCACAUCUGGGAUUUUCAGAAGAUUCAAACUCACAAAACAGUGAACCUGCACCCAAAAGGUUAAAGACUGAUUAAAGUUUAUUCUGUAACUGUUAUUCAGAACAUAAGAUAUUUAGGAAAUCAUUUAUACCUUUUACAAAUUUGCACACUUUAAAGUUGUCUGAAAUCGUAACUGUGAAUGAAUGGGUUAAAAAAAUUUCUUUAUUUUAUAUUUUACUAUAUGUUUAGUAAAAGUUCUUAUGUAUUGAAGGAAAGAGUAAUUGUAUGAACAUCAAUUACAUUUAGUGAAUUUAUUUUUUUAUACAUGGAUUUAUUAUAAAGUUUCAAGAUUUAAUUUAGAAGUUAGAAUUUAUGUUAAAUGUUUAGUAUGUUUUAAAAUCUACUUUCAAGAGAAUGGAGAAAGCAUAGGGCAAAAUUAUUAUUAAAAACUAAGUGUACAUUCUCUUAACUAUCUUUAUAUUAUUGCAGUAUUAUUUAAGUUCUCAGAUACACACCAAAUUUUCAUUAACUUCAAAGUGAUAUUCUAUAGUUUGGAUUGGAGAAUUACAGCAUUAUAACAAGAUAUUGGUUUUUGCUGUAAAUGAGUAUUUUAAUAAUAUUUAUGUGUAAUGUUACAUUAUCUUUAAGCUAAUUGUUUCAAAACAUAAUCAUAUGUUCAAUAGUUUUGUGAUAAUUAAAAAUCAUUGUAUAUAUUGCAAUCAUCAUUUUUCAUAAUUAAAUAUUUUAAAAUGAACUUGCAUUCCUCCAGGUUACAUUAUAGCACCGUGAUAUGUACAAAAUAAGCUUUGACACUUCUAAAUAAAACAAUACAGUUACAAAUGCUUGAAAUAAUUAACAAGUUUUUGAAAGGGCACUCAAAAAUUAUAAUAAAUUUAUAGUUUAAUUAUUUUCUUUUAAUAAAAGACGGUUAUAUGUAGUAUUUAUAAUUGCUAAAAGUCUGCAUUUAUGAAAAAAAUUAUUUUAUUAAAUAAUGAUUAUAAUUUCUGUAUGAUAUUUGUACAUAUGUAUUCUUGUUUAUUAUUUUAAUCAUUUCUGUAUGUAUAAAGCAUGUA